AUGAGUGCUAAACUAUGGACAGAGGAGCAGUUUAACUGCCCUGUGUGUCUGGAUCUCCCAAAUGAUCCAGUUACCAUCCCCUGUGGGCACAGCUACUGUAUGGGCUGCAUCAAGGACUACUGGAGCAAGGGCGAUUCUGAGGGGGUCUACAGCUGCCCCCAAUGCCGUAAGACCUUUUGCCCCAAGCCUUUCCUGUCCAGAAACACCAUGCUGGCUGAGGCUGUAGAGCAGCUCCGCAAAGGAGCCAACAAAGCUGACGUGCGUGAAUCUAUGCGAAGCGGCCGUGGGGUUGCCUCCUCCUCAUCCAGAUCUAAAGGGAAGCUCUCCUCCUCAGCAGCGGUAUGCGACAUGUGCAAAGGAGAACAGCAAGCGGCGGUCAAGAGCUGCUUGGUGUGUAUGAGCUCAUUCUGCGACGCCCACCUGAAGCCCCACCGGACCAAGAAGUCCCUGAAGCAGCAUGAGCUGAUCGCACCAAUAAGUAAUCUGGCCGAGAAAAUCUGCAUCCAGCACAAGUACCUGCAAGAGUUCUUCUGUCGCCAGUGUAAAAUAUUUGUCUGCUGGCUGUGCACCAGCAACCAGCACAAAGGCCACGAGUGUGUGUCCACCAAGGCUGAGCGUUUGGAGAAACAGAAAGUGAUGUCAGAGCUGCAUACAGACAAUCAGCAGAAACUGAGAGAUCGAGAGCAGGAGCUGAAAGACAUGAAGAAGAUGAUGGAGGUGAUGAAGCGUUCUUCAGACAGGGUACAUGGCGACACGGAGCAGGUGCUGUCGGAGCUGCAGCGCUCAGUGGAGCGUCUGCAAGAGCUGCUGGAGGAGGUGCUGGAUCAGGCCAGCAUGGAGAAGAUGGGCCAGGCUCAGGAGGUCACCAACACCUUGGAGGCAGAGAUCAAAGAGCUUAAGAAGAGAGACAAGGAGAUGAAGGACCUGGCAAGCUGUGAGGACCACAUCCACUACCUGGAGAAAUACGAUUCCAUGUGCAGUCCCCUGGAGUCAGGGGAUCUGCCCGUUGUGGUGGUCAAUCCAGAAGCUUCCUUUGAGCCCGCACGAGACGCCAUCCUAGACCUCAGGGACAGAGUUGAGGAGCUGUGCAACCAGGAGCUGGGCAAGAUCACCAAACAAGUCAACGAUACAACUCUGUUCACUUUGGGAAACUCCAACCGGGACGCAGGACUGAAAGGAGGGAUUUUUAAAUUGUUUUCUGGUCUUGGUUCUCGCAACACAAACAGCCGUUCGCCAGCUCCUACACCCAGUGUCUUAGUGGGAGCGCGUACAGACAUACGAGGACAUGGUAUAGGCCUCAAAAGUCAAGACGUGAGGAGUAGAGACACGCCACGAGCAGACAAAGGAAACACGAGUUCACCCAGACCCCGGGACAGACAGAGGAGAGAGGAAAGAGAGACAGUGAGGGAGACCAACCCCAGACCUAGCCCCACUCCCAACCGCAGAGAGUCUCAGUCUCUUUGGAGCAGGUCCAGUCAGAGCCAAGCUGUUCCUGCUGCCCCGGUGCAGACCCCGACUCCAAUCCCAGCCGCUCCAACUCCUGCUCCAGCUCCAGCUCCAGCUCCAUCUCCUGCAUCAACUGGAGGGUCAGGUUUCAGUCGUAUGGCAUCGAUCAGCAGCCUCUUCCGCUCCCAUCGGCGUGGCACCACCCCUGCCACCCCAGCUACCCCGGCCAAUAACACACUGUCACAAGGAGAAAACCCAUGGGGGAUGGCUGCUUUGUCGGAAACACCAACAGAAAUUAACCCAAGUCUCUUCUUGGACUCACCAACCCCCGGCACCAUGAAUCACGCUCCUGCUUUCCCUACAUUGAGAGAAAUCAACCUCGACAGUAUCCAGGCCCCAGAGCCGAGAUCCAGAGAGGAGUUCCUACAGUAUGCUUUGGUCUUGACCCUUGACACCAACACGGCCCACCGUCGGCUUACUCUCUCCGAGGGCAACACUAAAGCCACCCUGCAAGCGGCGGUGCAGCCCUACGCUAACACUCACCAGCGUUUUGACGGCUGGACCCAGGUGAUGUGCGAGAGCCCGCUGUACGCCCAGCGCUGUUACUGGGAGGUGGAGUGGAGAGGCCGGGGCUCCUCUCUGGGCGUAGCUUACGGGGCGCUGAACAGGAAAGGCUUAGACGCUCGGUCGGGGCUCGGUUACAACGCGCAGUCCUGGACCCUGGAGCUGUCGGACACCUGCUGCUCUGCCAUGCACGACAACGAAAAGAAGGACAUACCAGUCACCUACUCCCCCAGGCUUGGCAUCUACCUGGACCUGUCCAUGGGGUCACUGGCAUUUUACAGCGUGGCAGAAAGCAUGACACACCUUCACACCUUCCGCGCUAAUUUCACCCAGCCGCUUUACGCUGCCUUCGGGGUGGGCAGUGGCGUCGGGGUGGGUCUGGACUUUGCUCUCGGCCAGUUCAGCUCCAGCUCUGACAGCAUUAAGAUCUGUCCCAUGUGAGGGUGUAGGCUGGGGAAUGCUGGAACAACUGACUUCAGAGUUUAAAGGAGCAAUGUGUAAGAUCUGGCUUGAAUCUUUGUUUAAAACAUUAAACAAAUGAAGUAGUAGACGGUGAAAUGCUGCCCCCUAUGUCUUCGGAGCAGGUGGCUCGGUAUUGCACACUCAGUUCUUUUAACAGCAGAUUGGCCGACGCUGAUCACACUGGACAAAAUGAAAGUUUGGUUCCAUCUGAUCUCUUUUCUUUCACAUUUUUA